CAUUCAUUCCUUUAUUUGGCAAGUAAUUUAGUGAUACAUUUGAUGUAAUAUUAUCAAACAUCCCUACCGGCUUUUUAUACCUAGUACCUACCUUUCACUUUGCUUUGUUCUUGGUGUAGUGUAAAAGCAUUCGUCUUAUCGAUCAACAAUUACAAAAGAAUGGCCGAAAAUAAUGAAGUAAAUGACCAAGAAAUGACAGAGGAAAAGAAUGGAGAAGCAAUGGAAACAGACAGUAAAUCAAAGGAAUUGGCCGAUUAUGGUUUGGCAGAAAAAGUGGUUUCUCAAUUAGAAGAAAUUUUUACGACAGGAAAAUUGACAUUUUCCGAGUUGGACGAAAGAGCUUUAGAAGCUUUAAAGGAAUUUCCUGUUGAAGGGGCAUUAUCUGUGUUAAAAGAGUUUAUGGAAAUAAACCUUGAGCAUGUAUCGAACAAAAGUGCUUACUUAUGUGGUAUUAUGAAAACUUAUAGACAAAAGACAAAAAUGGGUACCCCUGCAGUGACAACCAAAGGACCGGAUGAGGAAAAAAUAAAGGCAAUUUUAGAAAGAACAGGUUAUACUCUUGAUGUUACAACAGGUCAAAGAAAGUAUGGAGGUCCCCCUCCAAAUUGGGAGCAGCCUCCUCCCAGCAGUGGUUGUGAGGUAUUUGUAGGAAAAAUACCAAAAACAAUAUAUGAAGACGAAUUGAUUCCUGUGUUUGAGAAAUGUGGUCAAAUUUGGGACCUUCGCCUAAUGAUGGAUCCAUUGACUGGUCAAAACCGUGGCUAUGCAUUUAUCACAUAUUGUAACAGAGAAUCUGCUCAAGGUGCUGUUAAGCAGCUGGAUAAUUAUGAAAUCAAACCUGGCAAGAAUCUGAAAGUCAAUGUAUCAGUUCCAAAUCUUCGGCUUUUUGUUGGUAAUAUCCCAAAGAGCAAGAGCAAAGAGGAGAUAUUUGAAGAAUUCAGUAAAUUAACAGUUGGUCUUAUGGAGGUAAUCAUUUAUAGUUCUCCUGAUGACAAAAGGAAAAAUAGAGGGUUUUGUUUCUUAGAAUAUGAAUCUCAUAAAGCAGCAUCAUUAGGAAAGAGAAAGUUAGGAACUGGCAGGACUAAAGUUUGGGGAUGUGAUAUUAUUGUUGAUUGGGCUGACCCACAAGAAGAACCUGAUGAGGAGACUAUGUCCAAGGUGAAAGUUUUGUAUGCUCGAAAUUUAACAGCUGAACUAAAUGAAGAGAAACUGAAAGAAAUGUUUGAAGAAUUUGGGAAAGUAGAGAGAAUUAAAAAAAUAAAAGACUAUGCAUUUAUUCAUUUUGCUGAGAGAGAUCCUGCUGUGAAAGCUAUGGAGGAAAUAAAUGGGAAGCAGUUUGGUGGAUCAACUGUAGAAGUUUCAUUAGCUAAACCACCAUCUGAUAAAAAGAAGAAAGAAGAAGUACUGCGCAAUAGAGAACGCAGAAUGAUGCAAACUUUUGGACGUGGGGGAAUGAUGGUGGGAAUGUUACCUACUCCUCCCCGAAGCCGUGGUGGUAGAGUGCCCCAAAAUCCACAGCGAAGUUUUGAUUAUGACUAUGAUUAUUAUGGCUAUGGAGAUUAUCCUGGUGGAGGAUAUGGAGAACCUUAUUAUGAUGACUUCUAUUCUGCCCCACCAUAUGAAGAUUAUAGCUAUGAUUAUGGCUAUGCAACUCCACCAAGACCAUACCCAUCUCGUGUGGCACCUCCUCCAGAACGUGUUCCUCGAGGCGGAGGUAGGAUUGCCCGAUCAACUCCCCCCAGGUCUUCCAGGGGCAGCCCACCCGGCCGUGGGCGUGGCGCUAAAGGAGGCACCCGAGGACUGGGCAAGGCCGGAGGGCGCGGCGGCAAUAGGCCGCGGGGCACCAUGGCCGGUAAGCGUAAGUUUGACAGCGGUCAUCAGAACCAGGGGGCCUCCAAGCGCCGCUUCCAGAACAGCCGAGGGGCUAUGGGCAACUCCUGGGGGAACCAGCCCAUUCCCCAGCAACCACGUGGCGCCUCUGGGGGCGACGUCGAGUGGUACCAGGACUCCUUUGGCCAGCAGUGGGGAUAAAUCAUUUCUUUGCUGUUAAAGUCUCGGACGAGAAGCAGUCUGUGGGCAGAGUGGACACGAGCAGUUGUGGGAACAGCGCCCAUACUUUUUUUACCGUUGCUAAUUUCCUCUUGGGAGUCGUGUAUAUUUAUAUCCACAUGCUGGCCUGGCCUGUUCCCACACCGGGCCCCCACUCUGCUGACUGUCUGUCACUUUUACUGUCAACUAUUCAGUAGUAAUUUAACCAUUAUCAUUGUAAAACUGUGCAUGGAUCUCCUCUCGUUUUGAGCCCACGGAGCGAUGUGCCCGAGUUGUCGAUAUUUAUGUCAGUGCACAAUUUUUAGUUGAGGAUCAGCAUUGUUUUGUAAUUUUAUGGAUGUAAAUUGGAAAGUUUGUAUUUGUUAUAUAUUCAAUCAUGAAUCUGAUCAAGCUACCUUCAUUCCAUUUGUAAUCUUUAAGUUCAUUAGACACAUUCUCUGUAUGAAAAUCAUUCUUAUUUCACAUUGGUGCGUAUAAAUAUUUUAGCAUAUGACAUGCAGAUUCGAUGUAGAUGUUAUUUGUACAUUUAAGAUAUAGUAAAAACUCAUUUGUAUGUUGAAGUGUUUUUUUCAUUCUUUGCUUUGCUGUUUUUCCAUUUGUACUUGUUGCUUACUUUGUUAAUUUUUUAACUUAAUAGUGCUUUUAGAUUUUGUAGUGCUUUCUAGAAGAACAGAACCUUGAAGUUUCACUCGCCACUGUAAUUCCC